GAGGGUGGGGUUUUUGUUCAGAGGAACGGUUUGCUUUUAGAGAACCAAUGCCUCAAUAUGCCCUAUUAAUGCAGGCAUCAAGAUAGCAUCAGCCGAGGGCACAAAUACAGAUCCUGCGUGGGUUGUGUCGGUGAUUGUCUGGGUGCGGAGCGUCUAUGAGCUUUGAGCGUGUGAAAAGACAAAGAGGAAUCCAAUAAUGGCCACCAGUAAAAGUAAAAACCAGAGCUCUCUGGCGCUGCACAAGGUGAUAAUGGUGGGCAGCGGCGGCGUGGGGAAGUCGGCCCUCACCCUGCAGUUCAUGUACGACGAGUUCGUGGAGGACUACGAGCCCACCAAGGCAGACAGCUACAGGAAGAAGGUGGUCCUGGACGGGGAGGAGGUGCAGAUCGACAUCCUGGACACCGCCGGACAGGAGGACUACGCCGCCAUCAGGGACAACUACUUCCGUAGUGGGGAGGGCUUCCUACUGGUGUUCUCCAUCACAGAGCACGAGUCUUUCACAGCCACCGCCGAGUUCAGGGAGCAGAUCCUGCGGGUGAAGGCGGAGGAGGAUAAGAUCCCUCUGCUGGUGGUCGGGAACAAAUCGGACCUGGAGGAACGCCGGCAGGUUUCUGUGGACGAGGCCCGAGGGAAAGCCGAGGAGUGGGGGGUGCAGUACGUGGAGACGUCGGCCAAAACCAGAGCCAACGUGGACAAGGUUUUCUUUGACCUGAUGCGCGAAGUUCGAGGAAAGAAGAUGUCUGAAAACAAAGACAAGAACGGAAAAGGCAAGAACAAGGGCAAGAAGAAGAGCUUCAGAGAGCGCUGCUGUUUACUUUAACCUGUUCCACGGACCUGAACCCAACACCCACUGUCAGCAUCCUCUAAUAUUCUCAUCUGAUCUGGUUUUUUUGUUGUUGUUUUUUGUUUGAAAUCUCCGGUCUUAGUUUACGUCUAGAAUGGUCCGUGAGGCUCUUGUUUUGACUCAGAGCUGCUGUCUGAUUGGAGGAGAACCACUCAUGUGACUGUGACUCGGACCUCAGUGUUCGACUGCUACUGACACUACUGCUGCUGCUCAAACAUCCUCCGCUGGUUCCACUCAGUCCUUCUGCCGCCUCUGGCUUCGGUUCAGCUCAUUUCACACAACUGUCUUUCUACAACAACAACACGACUAAUUUCUUUACCCGUUUGUGUUUUUUUAACCUACCUAGAGCUUAGAUGGAACUCUAAUGCUGCUGUAUCUGAUAUUUGUGAAGACGGUGGCCUCAUUUAUUCAAACUUUGCAACUUUUUUGUAUUCCUACAAAAGCACGUAUAAAGUGGCUGUUGGUGAACAUUCCACUGUUAUUUUCUGUUUCUAUUUGUUAAAAAAAAAAAAACGAAAAAAAAAAAAUUUGUGCAAUGGGACGACUUAUUGCCAAACAGGGUUGUUAAAUGAACUCCAUGGUCUCCUGCCUUAGAUGAUAAUCAUAAAUCACAGAUGCUUUGCAGUUUUUUCCAAAUGAUUUUUGUAUAAAACAGGAUAAAAAAGCCCAACUGUCAGAGCUCCUGGUGGAUAUUUGAGCAGGAAAACAUCAUAGGAAACUGUCUUUUCUGUCCCGUUCACCGUCUCUCAGUCGAACCCGUUUGACAUUCUGUUCCAGUCAGGACUCGGCUGUUUUUGUGAGACGCUGACAAUCAGGUUCAGAAGGCACGAAAACCCUCAAACAUGCUCCUUUUUUUUUUAAAACCUACUUUUUCUGGUAAAGAUAAUGCACUACAUCGCCAAUACUUAAAAAAAUAAAGGACUAUACUCUAGGAAAAGCAGUAUGUGCCAACAGAGUCACACUGAACCCCACCAGUGUGUGCGUUUCUAAAGUGUCCCUGCAGAAUAUUUACUUGUGUUCUGUGUGUGUGCGAUGAGGACGGCCCCUCCUCUGUCGCUGAAGUGCUUCGGUGAAUACGACGUUUCGACCACUGCCUAAACCAUGUCUUUUGUAAUUCGUCCUCUCUUUCUUUGACUACUGUGACUAUGCUUUUGUCUCUCUGCACUGAGAGUGUUGCUAAAUAAAUGCUUUUUUUCUUUGUA